AUACUCUCGGCCGCCAGAGAGUAGUGUGUGGAGAGAGAGAGAGAACGUGACAGUCCAGAGCUGUGAGAGACCACCACACAGAACACAACAGAUUUAAUUAGAACAGGUUUGAGUAGUAGUGGUAGUAACCAGAGCAGACAGGGACCGGAGACGGCAGACAGGGACCAGAGACGGCAGACAGGAACCAGAGACGGAAGACAGUAUCUGGAAAAAUGGCUUACUGUGGGUCAGCAACCCUCCUCCUGCCUCCAGUCAAGAGUGUGAUGGUCUACAGGAACGGGGACCCCUUCUACUCCGGCAGGAGGUUUGUGGUCAACCAUCGACAGGUGUCCACCAUGGAGGCGUUUCUCAAUGACGUGACCCACUGCAUUCAGGCUCCGCUGGCCGUGAGGACCCUGUACACCCCCCGGCAGGGUCACCGGGUCAGGGAGCUGCAUGACCUCCAGACCGGGGCCCAGUACGUGGCCGCAGGCUUCGAGAGGUUCAAGAAGCUUGAUUAUUUGAACACAGGGCUGAAGAAGCAGCCUGUACCCAUGGGAGAAGGAGCUCGGGCAAGAUUACUUCACAGACCGAAUGUGUCAGCAAAAUGGAGAAAGUAUAUUCCUCUACCCUGUAUCAUACAUGUUUUCCGCAACGAAGAUCUUCGCUGCUCGCCAUUCCGUUUCAUAAUUCCCAGGACCUGGCAGCACGACCUGGAUCAGAUCCUCAGUCUAGUCACAGAGAAGGCCAGUUUACGCACUGGAGCAGUGCGCAGGUUGUGCACUCUAGAGGGAGUAACUGUGUCCAGUGCAGACGAGCUGGUGAGUGGCCAGUUCUAUGUGGCUGUGGGAGCAGAGAGGUUCAAGAAGCUUCCCUACGUGGAACUGUUGGUUCCUAAAGCCUCUGAGAGAAAUUACCCUGGAAACAGAAGGCUGUCAAGGAGAUAUAAGGGCAGAAAGGCAGCCAGUGGCCCUGAGGACAGUUACAGUGACUCUGCUCUCCUGGACUCUCCAGAGUCGGAUGGGCGGAGGGUGAAGUCCACUGGGGAUGAGGUGGGGGAGACGGCUCUCCCAUCCAUCCAGAGGAGACCAGUGAAGGAGGAGAGCUCUAUCUUCUACGCCAAACCAGUGAAAGUCCGAGUGAGGAACAGAGGCCAUCCCAGGCCUCCACUAAGGACUGGACCAGCCCAGGCCAGUGUGUUUAGAGCUGUACAGAAGAAGAGAGAGGAGGUGCAGGGGGCUGAGGAGGUGCUGGAGGAUGAGAACACAGCAGUAGAUGUUCCUGAUUUGGGUAUGCACUCUAUUGCCUGA